AACAAGAACAGGAUCAGGAUCCUUCCAGGCACCUCAACAAAUCCAUGGGCAGGGCAAACCACUGUAUUUAUUUGUCAAAACUUAAAACAAACACUUACUUUAAUACAGUGCAUGUAGUUGUUGCUUGGUUGGCCUUUGGGUUACCUAAAAGAUCAACCUUGUUACUUUAUAACUCUCUGUGUCUUUACCAUAACAUCCUAAUACAUUUUUUAACACCUUUGUCAGAAUAAUCCUCAGCCUUCUGUAUGAAUCUCAACGCCAAAACUUUUGUAUCAGAUGCCACUCUGCUCUUCUGCAAUGCAGGAAGCAAUACGCGGGCCCUUUUGAAUCCUUUCGACAAUGUUCCCGUGGGAAAAUCUGGAGUUUCUUAUAAUUCCGCAAGCUUUUCAUGGGUGACAAGGGAUGGAUCUGGCUGUAGGCUUGUUUGCACAACUCCUGAAAUGAUUACAAGUAUAAGAAAGAGAGCAAGUUUGGAAGUUAAAGCUGCUUUUACGGAGGAGCAGGAAGCUCUGGUUGUCAAGUCAUGGAAUGUCAUGAAAAAGGAUGCAGCAGAGCUAGGGCUUAAGUUCUUUCUAAAGAUAUUUGAAAUUGCACCAACUGCCAAGAAGAUGUUCAGUUUCUUGAAGAACUCUGAUGUUCCUCUUGAACAGAAUGCAAAACUCAAACCUCAUGCUAUGACUGUCUUUGUAAUGACCUGUGAAACAGCAGUACAACUUCGCAAGGCUGGAAAAGUUACUGUUAAGGAAUCAACUCUAAAAGAUAUGGGUGCUACUCAUUCCAGGGUUGGGGUUGUUGAUGAACAUUUUGAGGUCACGAAGUUUGCAUUGUUGGAAACGAUCAAGGAAGCAGUUCCAGACAUGUGGUCACCUGAGAUGAAGAAUGCUUGGGGGGAAGCUUAUGAUCAGCUGGUCGUAACUAUGAAAGAAAGGGCACCUUCAUCAUCAAUAUGAUCGCUGGGAUGAUAUUUUUGUUUGAUUUGCUAGUAACUUAGAUGUAGUGCAUCGACCAGAAGUAUAUUUUCACAUUUUAUGCAAGUCCCACUUUUCACAUUUAA